GUUCUCAUCGUUCUUCGAUCUCUACCAUUAGGAGAGACAUAUUUGCUUUAGUCGGCGUCACUAUUCCGUUCCUUGGUGUUUCGAUCACGACCUUUAACCUUCUUUCCAUCAAUCAAAAUGAAACUCCUUCCAGAUUCAUCGCAUUUAACAUGUUCUUUACUCCUUUACCCACGAUCUACUCUUAAAUGUGUGUUAAUCUUCUGAGAGGCGGUGUUUCUACUGGUAUAAAAAGUCCUAGAUUCUCCUCCACUGUUGAGGUCGGAUUACUCCGGUUCUGUGAGGUACUCAUGUGGGUGGAUGUAAAUAAGGGCUCAUGUUCCUUAAACAAAACGAGCUGCUUGGAUUAUCUAUCACAACACUCAGCUCCCAGAAUUCUCCAAGAAAUUUACAGCAUGUGCCAAUACUCCCAUCGUCCUCUUAGUUGCAACCGUGAACGCAAAACGUGUUGGAGUGAUUGUAAAACUAAAGGCACAAGAAGCCCUUCUUCAUUGAUGUACCCAAAAUAUGACUAGUUAACCUAGCUGGUGUUGCAAAGUAGCAUGCAAAAGUCUCUGUCUAUGACAACGACAACAACCAGACUGUUUUCGUGCUACUUAGUGAUGCAGGUCAUGAGUUGACAGGAAAGCACGCUAUGGAAUAAGUUGACAACUACUUUGAGCUUAGUUGGCUUCAGAUUAUACCUAGAGUUAUUUAUAACUCUCUUUUUUUAAAAAAAAUGUAGUCUAAUGAAAACAUUGGUGCCGACAAUGACACCAUUGGUCAAACACAUAAGUUCAGGGUCAAAGUAUCUUACUAAAACUUGACAGGGGAGACUAAGUCUAUAGCUAUUACAAAGGUGCUUUCUUCAUCGGUUCUGUCACCUAUAACAGCCCAGUUGAGAUUGAUGUGUGUGCAUCUUCGAAAGGUUGUGGGGACCUUACUGAUGAGGGAAACAAAACCACCAGUAACACUGAUGUAGCACAGAAAGCUAACCGUGCUGCUGGAUAAUAGAGCAUCCAUCACUCAUCCCAGUCAAUGCUAGCAUGCGUUGGAGUGUUAGUCUCUAUUUUUCUAUGUUUAUGCUUUGACUAAGUUUUUCUUUAUUUGGUUUUCAACUAUCGUUGUUGCAUUGGU